CCGAGGCCCCGCCUAGAGGGCGGGGGACCGGGGAGGCGGCUGGCUUUAAAUGGGGGCCGUCCGGCGGCUCGGCGACAGUCUGCCGCGGGGGGAACGCGGACCUCCCUUCCCCGCGCCGAGGAUCUGCUGGGGCCGCCGCCAGGCAAGUUCGCCCCGAGUGCGCGGGUGCCGCGGGCCGAGAUGCUCCUCCGGGACUUGGUGCUGCGCCGUGGCUGCUGCUGGCCUUCUUUGCUGCUGCACUGCGCGCUCCACCCGCUCUGGGGCUUCGUGCAGGUGACGCACGGUGAGCCCCAGAAGUCCUGCUCCAAGGUGACCGAUAGCUGUCAACACAUCUGCCAGUGCCGGCCCCCUCCCUUGCUGCCCCCACCGCCCCCGCCCCCACCGCCUCCCAGACUCCUCUCCGCCCCAGCCCCCAACUCUACCUCGUGCCCCGCUGAGGAAAGUUGGUGGUCAGGGCUGGUGAUCGUCAUCGCGGUAUGCUGUGCCUCCCUGGUGUUUCUCACUGUGCUUGUCAUCAUUUGCUACAAAGCCAUCAAAAGGCAGCAGACUAGGCUCCAAGUACCAGUCCUCAGGCUGGGUUCCUAGAGGCUCCGGGGACGUUGGAGAAGGCAGAAGCAAUCAAUCACCAGGUUUUCAGAGAUGGCCUUAGACAUUCAACGGAGACAAUACACAACAAAGGCCAGGUCAGGCUCAGCCCCAGAGUUCCUGGGGACAGAGGUGACUGAGCUACGGCCCCAUGGGCCUCAGAUUCACCCAAGAGAACAGCAGUAUUGUGAUAUGGGACUGGGCUCCACAGCAUGUGUGGCCUAGAUCCAGAGGCUGUCGCCAGGGGCCUGGAGGCCUCCUGAACCAGCCAGGAGAGGAGGUCAGAUUGGAGCCAGGCCAGAAAGUAGUGCUGCGAAUUCAGAACCUCUGCGAGUGAGCAAGAGCCUUCUGAAAGCCUCCCAGCCAGCCUUCCUGAGCCUUGUAUGUAUGGGAGAAAUGGCUCUUGGGGUCAAAUAGCCUCUGGAAUGGUCUUCAAAUGGCCUGACAUUAAGUGCUUGAGAACCACUAGUAUGCACUUAGUUUGGACACUCGCCAUUACAUCACCGCUGCCAUUGACACAACCAUAACCAUCAGCAUCACCACCGCCAUUACCAUAACCGCCGCCGUUGACACAACCAUAACCACCACCACCAUCACUUCCACCGCCAACUCUACCACCAUUUCCACCCCCAUUACUCUUCCCACCGCCCCAAGCCACCAUGGCCACCACCAGGUGUCACCAUCACCGCCAUCCUCUUUGUCACCUUUUCCAUGUACCUCUGACCACACAGAGGCAAGGCUGCAAAAUCCAACCUCUGGCGCCUCAACUCUGCACCCCCAGGUAUUCAUCUUCACAACUGCUUGCUCAUAAUCAGAGAUCAACCAAAGCCUGACCGUACGUCUUACACAGGUUCUCCACUCUUGUUUGUCCCAGACAGUCCCAAUUCAUUAUGAACAGCUGUUGUCCCUGCUUCAUUAUUAACAGCUCUCCUCUCUCACUCAAUUGUGUCCUGGUGUGUACUACACACUGUGUGGUCCCCCUCAUUAAGACCACCUCCAGCUCCUGAUUGGCCCCCACAAGGACCAGCAGCCCAAGGAUACUAACCCAGAACCGAGUCUGGUGGCCUGCCUGGAAGGACAUGAUGCACCUACCCCUGCCAUUGGUCAUUAACGGAUGUCCCUGCCUCCCCUCCCAGGAAACCACUGAGAAAAGAGGAGAAUGGCACCAGCGUUGCUGAGUAUCCCAUGACCUCCUCGCAGAGCAACAAAGGGGUGGACGUGAACAGCGCUGUGGUGUGAGUCUGCAGACCCCGGACUCGCUGGCCAGAGGGGCACAUUGGUGGCAUUAGUGGACACGGGAAAGCAGGAGGACACGAGCUGACUCUGGGCUUGUCCAGGAUUUCCCAGGGAGAAACCAUCCCGUUCCCAGCCUGCCCCUGGUCAGCUCGCGGGCCAGCUCACCGGCGUGCAGCAGCCGGGGCCGCACCGCCACACCCACUCUUCACGUCUCUUCUCCAUCUUGGAUUUGAUUUACUGUCUCCCAGCUGCGCUCUGACAAAGGCAGGGAGUCCAUCUGUCUGCUGGGGUAGGGGGGCAUCCUACCUUA